AUGUGCCAGCCAAUAAUUCAGCGGUUACAUAUGGUUUUAUCCUCAACGCCUGUAAUCUCGAUGAAUAAUGAAAAUGAGAGGGCUGCUGACUCGUGGGCUCGAAUUGCUGGCGAACCUGUUCUUUGGAUUGACCGUAUAGCAACGAUUUUCCGAGAAGUUCGACCGUGGAAUGGUGGCGGCAUGAAGUCAAUGAACGGUAACGUUUCUGAGCAAGCUCCUUGGUUGGACAUAGCCCAAGAACUGUAUGGAGUUUUAUCAGAAGCUCUUAAACGUUAUGAAAGUACAUCUAGGGUGGUGGAACACUGCUGUCGAUCAAUCAGAUUCAUUGUUCGUUCCCUUGGCGUUCAAUCCAUCGGUUUUGUUGAACCGCUGAUUACUCAGAUGAUGGACAUUUUCUCAAGGCAUCAGCACUCAUGCUUCCUCUAUUUGUCUUCAAUUCUUGUCGAUGAGUACGGUGGAAUGGAAUCUUUACAACCCGGCCUCAUGAUUAUGCUUGAGACGCUCGCCCAUGGCACGUUCACAGUCCUUACACUGGAGAAUGGACCUCGUGACCAUCCUGAUACCGUUGACGACCUUUUCCGUUUGGCUAUGAGGUUUGUGACUCGAGCUCCGUCAGCAUUUUUCACUCAUACGGUAGCAACAGCGCUUUUUGAAUGUGCAAUGGUAUGCCUAUCACUGGAUCAUCAAGAAGCGAACCGAUCCGUGACCCGUUUCUUCGUGUCCAUAAUUGAGCAGUUGCUUUCUGCUAGGAAGACUGGCUUCCGUGAUGCUGGCGUGGAUGCGGCUGAAGACCUCGUCGUCCACCAUGGUGCGAAACUGAUUGAGCUGUGCUUAUAUGCUGCCAUCUUUAAGGUGAGUGGUUCAUUACGGAGAGAUCUCGCGGAAAUCGUGUUCAUGCUGAGCAAGAUUGAUAGAGGACGCCACAAGGAAUGGCUCACAAUCGCGACUUCACAUUUACCUCGUGGGCCACUUGCAGCGACUGACGAACAGCUGGAACAAUUUGUUGCUAAUAUCACGGCUGAGUAA